AGUGCGUGUCGGAAUUCUUCACUAAACAACGACAUAUAGUUGGCAUUUUAAGCGGUUUUUCACACUUAUAUCACUAUGUCAAGUCUAUAUUCAACUCUGUUUAAUGCUCAAGGACCUCGCCAAAAUCCCACCCAGUUCCAUCCUGGUAAUAGGACGGAAGAAACAAUUACUAACUAUGAACAACUUUAUGUAUACAACUCUCAUCCUGUCCUACAGCGGACGCAUGAGCCUAACAUGUACGCAGCUACUUCAGCAGGCUGGCCUGGUAACAUUUCAAGAACACCUUGCAAUAAUGUUCCAAGUACCUUUUUAGAACAGAUUCAAGCGAAAAAUCAAUUACUUGUGAAAAACAAGAAUGUUAUGGAGAAACAAGCGACCUAUAUAUCUCACCUGGAAAAACAACUUGAGGGGCAGAAUACAUCCAGUGAUUUGAUCAGACGACUGCAGGACAGAGAGCGAGAUGUUGAACACUUGCGUGCCAGACUUGAGACUGAAAUUGCGCCGAAAUAUGAAGUAGAAAAUUUAAGAAGAAAUUUAGGUGAGGCUGAAUAUGAACUUGAAAAAACAGAAAAAGCUCUUCAAGAAACUUUAAAUGACAAAGCAGUAGAAGUAAAUACUCUUGAAGAAAAGGUGAAUUGA